CCCCCCCCCCCGGUUCCUUCUACCUUUUUGUCGACUGAACACUGCCCACCCUAGGCCACUGUCUCUCAUUAACCUACCCUCCAUCCGUCCUCUCGCUCAUAACUCCAACCCUCCCGCUCUCUCCCCACAUUCAUCCAUCUCUCUUCCCACUCACCCUUCCUUUAUCUAUCUUUCUCGUUUCCUGCUCUCUAAACGAGCACUCCCACAAAUAUCAUUCAGAAAAUUAGUAUCGGUAUCCUUCAUCGCACACACUACAUUCUUGAUCGUGACAUCAGACUCUCAGCUUCUUAACAGCUCCCUUUGUUGUCAUGGCUAGCCACGGCACUGUUCAUCCAGAUACGGCCAUCAAAACCAAAGUUACUUUUAACGGAAACACUCGUUGCUUCAAGCUCGUCUUGAGGGAUCUCGGUGCAAAUGUCCUCCUUCCGAAGCUUCGCACUCUUCUCGCUAUUCCUGAGGAUAAACAAGUAGUCUUUGAAAGAUACUCCGAUAGCGCUGGUGGUUAUGUCAUCCUUGACACCGCUGAACCCACUGCUUUCAAGCAACUCUACCGGGCUGCGAGAGCUAAGUUGAAGCUCAGGAUCCAAGCGACCAUUGUUCCUGCAGAGGUCCCUGCUCCGGUUGACCCCUCUUCGUCCACUGAUACAUUAACGGGUCAGAGAAAUGUCCCAUCUACAGAAGCCGGUCCUUCAACCCAACCUUCACCAUCCAAUGUCAGCCACUUUUCGUUGCCUCCGGCAUACGCAUCUAAAGUCUCCCUCGUACCGGUCGAGACUCCGUUCGAAGAACUGGCGACUGUAGAUACGACCACUAAGUUUGCUCCGCCUGCUGAUCUCGGUCAAGCGGUUGCCGAUGCUGUCUCUACCUACUUGAGUGGCGACGAGUAUCUUCAAAAACUUAGGGAAACCGUUCGUGAGGAGGUUGAGAAACUGGAGAAGAGUACGGAGAAACUUGAACAAGCCCCAUUGGAAGCUCCGGUUCCCGCUCCAUUCACCGCUCCUCCUACUGAUAUUUCGGAAUUUGAAAAUUUCGAGACCAAGGUUGCUCCCUCACCCUUCACUUACGCUAUAUACUGCAAUUCUUGCGAGACUAGUAUCAAGGAUGUGCAUUAUCACUGCGGAUGCUGCGAUGGGGGAGAUUAUGACCUCUGUAAGGGCUGUGUGGCUCGUGGGAUUCACUGCAAAGACUCUUCUCAUUGGUUGAUCAAGCGUGUGCUUUCCCCCACGGGGGUUAUCGUUUCCAGCACGACCGAGUCUGUGUCUCAGAAGGAUGGAUCUGUGCAAACCUCUUCCCGCCGUACUUGCAACUGCUGCGUUGUUGACUUACCUAGCAAGGAGUUCGUCACAUGUAAGGUGUGCGAAGACUAUGAUGUUUGCAUUUCGUGUCACACUUCACUCAAGCACGGCCACAACCCAAGCCAUGAGUUUGUGCCGGCUGCUCCAGAUACCAUGCUUCAACCAUAUGCAAUCUCUCUUCUUGCUCCUGGUCGAGCCCACCGUCACUAUGCCGUUUGCGAUGGCUGUGAUAAGCAAAUUUAUGGAGUGAGAAAUAAAUGUUUGAGCUGCCCCGACUGGGAUUAUUGCGCAAACUGUAUCUCCGCUGCGCCCGAGAACCACCCCGGACAUCGCUUUGUCCCUAUAUAUGAGCCAUUACCUGUCGGGUUCAUCAAUACCGACUUUGUCAGACAUUUUGGUAUUUACUGCGAUGGGCCAAUGUGUGCAGAUAAAACCAAUCGCUCUUGGAUUGUCGGUGAUAGGUAUAAGUGUGCUGUAUGCCCUGAUACAGACUUCUGUGCCUCCUGCGAGGCCUCCCCUACAAACCCACACAACGCAACUCAUCCUCUUAUCAAGUUGAAGACUCCGGUUCGCAAUGUUCAUGUCACAACUAUGGAGAAUCAGGAUUCGGAAAACAUCUUGGGUGAUGUUCCUAUUCCCGUUCCCACGACCAAUGCUGCUACUCAAGUUCAGUCCGUUGCUGAUGCUAAACCUGUGGAGGAGCCCGAGCCUCCGUUUGAGAAUGUGGAGGAGUAUUUGGAGAAAACAGUCCUAGCUGCCGAGGAAGGGAAGUUUGAGCCAGAGGCUGAACCAAAGAUUAGGGCUGGGCCGGAACCCGAACCGGUGGUACCAGAGCCGGAACCGCUACAGGCCACCUUUGUUAGGGACACCAUUCCUGACGGCUGUGAAGUGAUUGCUGGCGAUGAAUUCACUCAAACAUGGAUAUUGAACAAUAGUGGAAGCUCCACAUGGCCAGCCGGUGUUUCCAUUCAGUUUGUUUGUGGUGAUGAGAUGUUCAGCAACAAUGAAGGAUCAUCUAUCGGUGCAACCGUAUCUUCCACUGAAACUGCUCCCGGUAACAAUGCUGCUUUCAGCGUUAACCUUAAGGCACCCCUCGUCACCAACCGUCGUUUGAUCACCUAUUGGCGCCUUGUUGGACCUGAUGGAUCCAGGUUUGGAGACAAGCUCUGGUGCGAGAUUCAGUCUAUUGAGAGGCCGAAGGAAGACAAAAUGGAACAAUCUGUGUUGGAAUCCAAGGAUGAGUUUGAGGAUGUUUCCGAGCACGCCAACGACGGCUCGCAGGCUUCUUCCCAGAUGAUUUUCCCCAAGCUCCCUGUUGAAAGCCCCAUUGCAUCAACCGAGAACCUGGUUGCUGGUGUAAGCCUGAAGGGUGAGAAUAUGCCAGUAUCCGUCCCCAUGAGCAAGACCUCUACUAGAAUGGGCGAUGAUGAGAGUGAAGUCGAUGUCGGCUCCCUUGGGGAUGAGGUUGAGAGUUUCUUGACUGACGAUGAGUACGAUGUCCUCGAUGCGAGUGACGAGGAGGCAUUCGAGGAAUGCGAGAAAGCGAACUAAAGUGGAAUAAUAAUAUGUGCUGGUGCUUGAAAUUGUAUUACUGAUUGAGGAGCAAGCUCCGGCAGAGGAGACUUGGUUAACGAUGUCGGUGUCUGAGCUAUUCGAUUCUUUCCUCUAUGUUUCCUUUGGUAGUUUUCUCCUGUUUUCCACCGGCUUGUUACAGUCGUUUCCAAACACCGUGCAUUCCUUUGUUUUCUGUUUGUUUAGUGACUAUACUGCAUUGGUCAGUUACUUUUUUUUUUAUUGGAGAAAUUGGAAUCGCCUCCUCUUUUUCUUUUGUUUUGUUUUGUUUGGUGACACAUGAAGAUACUUCUAGAAAAUGGGUGAUAACACGAUUUAAAUCUCUCCUCAUGAAUGUUAAGUUGGUGGUUUCGCUAG